AUGUCCAGUUGCAGGACGAACAUUGUGUCCAUCUUGAACAAUGAUGAUAAUCCAUCCUUUGCCGUCCGCUCUGCUCCCAGACUUAGUCCGACUCAAAUAUCGUCAUCGUAUCGUUCACAUCAUGCAGAGCAUCUGCCCCCACCCGUCAGCGGGCCACAUUACACCCAUCUCGAUGCUGCAUCUGACUCUCCAGCAGCAUCAUCACGACGUACCAGACAUCCCUUUGACUCAGUAACUGAAGCCGUCCAGCCCGUUUCGCCCGGGUCGUCCGAUGGCUCAACCUAUGACUAUAUCACCACCCAACAACCAUCAGCUUAUCACCCGUACGCCCGGCAGGAUCCUCUACGGGACCCAUAUCGAUUUCCGGGCCGGGGCCCAUCAACGCCCCAAACACCUUCAGACGCUCGCUCAGUCACAUCUGAAACGACAUCGCAGAAUGGAGCCACACGUGGAACGGGACGAAAGAACAAGUACCCAUGCCCUUACGCUGCGAGUCAUGGGUGCUCUGCGACAUUUACAACCUCAGGUCAUGCUGCGCGCCACGGCAAGAAGCAUACCGGCGAAAAGAGUGUGCACUGCCCGAUCUGCAACAAGUCCUUCACAAGAAAGGAUAACAUGAAGCAGCACAUUCGCACUCAUCGGACUCACUCGGAUGAGAUCCGCUCUACCUCUGAACCAGAGAAUGUUGAUGGUCGAUGGGCAAUGGCUCGACCUGCAGCAUACCCCCCAGCACCUCAUCAGCGCAAUCUCAGUCAGCCCAUUGAGACGGCUGUGCGGCCUCCCCCUGGUGUUGGCCCGCAAGCGCCUUGA